GCUUCAUUGCAUUUAUAUAAAUUUCGGUAGGUUCUCUGGCUCCACUCUGCGCUGAACUCUGCGCUGAAGGUAGCAAUAAUAUAUUUUCGCGGAGAACUGCUGCGGGGAAGUCCGAGCUGCUCAAUAGCGAAGACCACCCAGGAGAAAAGCAACCCGAGGAGAAAAGGUUAUUCAAAAUUGACGUGCAACAGCUCUUCAGCACUUAUGGAGGAGCCACCAAGGAUUGCAUUCCUGGGCCCGACGGCUUCUUUUUCGCAUCAGGCUGCUAUAGAGUCGUUCGGUACCUCAGCAAAGCUCUUGCCUUGCGUAUCCUUCGCAGAUGUGUUCGCCGCUGUACAACAGGAGAAUGUGGACUACGCAGUAAUUCCUUUCGAAAACUCGACUAACGGAUCUGUCGUUCAAACCCUUGACCUCUUGGCAGACAGAGACCAUCUCUACAAGGACACCCGAGUGUGUGGAGAGUACUACCUAACAGUUCAUCACUGCCUACUUGUUCGAAAAGACACAUCCUCUCCCGAGCGCCCAAGCCGCAAGUCUAUAACCAAGCUGUACACGCAUCCGCAAGUCUGGGGACAAUGUGAGCUUUUUCUUUCUGAAAAUUUGAAGGGUGUGGAGAGACAGGAUGUCUCUUCAACCUCAAAAGCUGCUGAGAUCAUCUCAACGGAAACUACUGAGGGGAGUGCCGCUAUUGCGAGCCGAUUUGCAGCAGAGCAUCAUGGAGUGGAUGUUCUUGAAGCCGAUAUUGAGGAUAAACUCGACAACACAACCCGGUUUCUCAUACUGAGGAACGUACAAUCUGGCCGUACAAGCCAGCCAUUUGUUGGCAAUAGCGGAGCGAUUUCUACGACUGGAAAUAAGACGCUGAUCUUAUUUAUGGUUAAUCAUGAUUCUCCAGGGGCUCUGGCGGAUGCCCUGUUGGUUUUCAAAACGCAUGGCAUGAACCUAACCAGCAUAAAUACUCGACCUAGUCGGAAACGGCCCUGGCAUUAUAUAUUCUUUGUUGAGUGCGGGUGUACUCCCGCGGCAGACGACAGACAAGUGAUGGAAGGGCUCCUGGGGAGACUCCGUGAAAUCGUGGAGGACUGCAGGGAGUUGGGUACUUGGAAAGAUCAACUCCACAUACCGUCAUGAGCUAAAAGCCAAACGGUCAUGGAUAUCAAAUAUUUGUGUCCAACUUUGGCGGAAUUAAUGAUUAAUCGUGCCCCCACCGCCUACCUACCCGUGUCCCCGUGUAGGUGCGCCCAAGUUCAAUGACACUUUUUGUGAUUCAAUGUCUAAUUACACGCCAAAACCGGUGACAUCUUUAUAAAUAAGGGGCUCCCCAUCUGGAUAUACCAUAAAGCCUUCUAGAGCUUCUUUUUCAGCCUCAGUAAAUGGUGGUUGGUUGGCUAGUCGCUCCUUUUCCUUCUCUAGGAUCAUCCAGUCCCGCCUGACCCUUCUAGCAGUUUUAUGCAUUUCCUCCAAAGAUCUAGCCUUAAUACAGUGAUUGGCAUCCUUGACAGAUAGAACACCACCUGUCUGUAUGGACCGCCUGGUUUUUUUCUGAUUUAGGCGUUGGUUGGUGUUGAGCAGCCAGUACUUCCUGAAUAAGGCUUCCAGUGAAUAUACGGUCCAAUCUGUGUUGAAGAUGGUCAUCCAUAAUAUCAUGAACCUCCUCAGAGACAGUAUUUAUUGCCAUCUGAGCCUUAUUUAUUGAACUCCGGAGCCGGUCAACUGUGAUAGGUGGAGAUACUGAAGAUGAUGGGUGUGGUGGUGGUGGUGUAGAUUCACCAUCAUAUAUUUGAAGCUCUGGUCCAAUAGGGAGGUAUUUUUCACGUAGAGGUUGAAGCACAAUAUCAGGUUCAAAUGGCCAUAUUCCUCACUCUUUGAAGCUUGAUUUGACGGUGCGGUAUUUGAAGGCUUUCUAUAUAGGAAGGCAUUAAUUAGUUAGUAUAAGGGAUGAUUAUUUAUCAAUUAAUCAGUAUUGA